UAAAGUUAACGUUGUAUCCUCGAGCUACAUCUAUUGUUACAAAAUGUUAAUUGUGACACCUCUGAUUAUGACCUUAUGAACUGCGUUGCCCUGGGAAACGGAUGCGCAUUGCCAUGAAGUGAUGUGCUCGUGCCCCUGUCAAAAGAAGAUACCAAUAGCAAGUUAGCUUGUCAGCUGGGCUAGCUAAAUACCACUUGUAGCCUACAAAAAAGGUCAUUAAGAAUGCAAGUGCAACUCAUUAAUUUGUCAAUUAUUGAACAGCUAAUAAGGAAUUUCAUAACUUUUAGCUUUUGCCUUUGGCCAAUUUUAUAGUUUUUCUGGUCAUUAUUAAAGCAAGGGUGAUACAGUAGCUAGCUAGCUAACGUUAUUUAACUAGCUAAAAAUGCAAAUUUUUCUAAAUGAAUAUGAAAUAUCCAAGCCUAUAGUAGCUAGUUAACUUCUAGCUAACUUUGGAUAACAUUAUUUUUGCAUGUAAUGAGUGUUUGUCAUGUCAAUGAUGGAUGUCAAUUCAACAACAUCGUUGAGUAUUGAACAUUUCCAGAUUAUUGGUCUAUGUGAAAAAUGUUAACCUGUAUGUAUGGUUUCCGUAGAUUGAACCAACCGGUUCAUGACAUUACAGCGCUGUCAGCCAUGUCCAGACUACAUCACCUGUAUGGCCUGUUGAGGUACCUGAUGAUGUUACUCAGUGGCAUCAUAUUUGUGAGUGGCCUUGUGCUGUUUGGCCUAGGCGUGUGGAUUAGGUACGGGGCGGCCACCUUCGUCCAGGUGAUGGGCUCUUUCUCGGCACAGCUGGUGACCAUCAGCUAUGUGUGUAUGUGCCUGGGGGCCAUCCUGUCUCUGCUGGGGUUCAUUGGCUGCUACGGGGCCUGGAGCGAGAACCGCUGCCUCAUCUUGCUGUAUUUCUUCAUAGUGUCCAUGAUGUUUACAGCUGAGGUUACUGGGGUUAUUUUCAUCUUGGUGUACAAAGAUCUGGUGGAGGUUAUGAUUCGUGGAGCCAGUAAGGACUCUUUACGGAUGUCCUAUAUGGGACCAACGGCUUCAGACCCCAUAUCAACAGCCUGGAACACCAUCAUGGUCCAUUACAAGUGCUGUGGCUUUGACAACUCCACGGAUGACUUCAAGAACUCUGUGUUCAGUGCUAACACUGGCCUGUUGUACCCCAAGACGUGCUGUGUUGACCUGACGAGCACCGCCUGCGACGGCCUCGACACCACCCAGGGCCUGGUACACCCAAAGAGCUGCAUUACCAAACUGAUCAAUGUGAUCCGGGACAAGAGCGUCAUCUUUGGCUCCACUGCUUCUGGGAUCUGUGUCAUGGAGUUGGCGUCCAUGAUGGUGUCAGUAGUGUUGUUCGUCAGACUAGGCAACACCUAUUAUUAGACCAGCAGCAACACAGAGAACAGAGCCUGACCCAGGCAUGGUAGGUCAACCAGACCAGAGACAACACCAUAAUAAAUUAGACUUGCAGAUGAA